CAGAACCUGACACCGACGACACCCCAACACCUAAGGUAUACCAACGCGCCGAACACACACCAGAUCAAAGACAGAGAGAGGGAGAACAACAAGAUAUCCUGUAAUAGAUGCACCCACUUCGUCGUUUGUCCGCUUGGGGAGGCUCAACCACAGCAGUCCCAGUUCUCCCGGAAGGGAGGGAGAAGGAUCAACAGCACCGCCACCGUCAUCGCCUCCACUCGAGCGAAAAGAAAUACGACACUCUCCCGCUGGGAGGAAACCGGCCGAUCGUGACCACCGCCGUGAGCAGAAUCACCACAGCCGACGAGAGGGAGAAGGAAAGAGAAAAGAGGCACCGCCGUCGCCGCCGCCAUCAGCGCUCAGCAGACGUCUCGUCCGCUUCGUCGGUGGCUUCCGGAUCGACCGGCAGCAGAUCGUCCAGGUCGAGCAGAAAGUCGUCGCACCCCACCGAAGAACCGAUCACGGGCGCAGUCGAGAAGCGCAAGAAGAGGUCAUCUGCUGGCUUUGCCGAGACCGAGAUGGAUGCGGGGGUGUCGAUCGUGUAUCCAUACUCACCCACCAGCAUCAACUCCACUCCAGCGUCUUCGCCUACAGAGCCCAUAGGAUUCUCGGCGGAACCACGACGGAGAGGAACGGAUGGAAGUGUCACAAGUACUCCUGUCAUCACCACUACCCCUCCGACGCCUACUUCACCACUCGAGCAGGCACGGAAGAGAAAUUCCCACAACGUAACCUUCCUCUCAUCAUCGCCAUCCGAACCUCCGUACCCCAUCACCCCGCCGCCCGCCGACUACAACAUGGACUCGCGCUCGCGGAGAUCUGAAUACCUCGCCUACUCGCCCCCUCCCCUGAGCGACAUCCACCCUGCCCUACGCCCCGGCUCGCCGAACCCGCCUCUGAGCCCGUCCUCACCUAACCCACCCACUGUUCUCCCCCUACGGCCACGAGCCAAUACCACCCCCGGAGGUCCGCACAUCCCCCCAGCCGGCUCCAAUUUCCCGCCCCACCGCUCCACCUCUCAUGCCUCCCAUGCCUCCACCCCCUCCACCUCCAGCUCGUUGCCCCACCGCCUCCUCUCGCGAAAAGAAGACGCCUACCAAAUGCUGCAGCGCUUCGACACCGUUCUCGUAGUGGACGACAGCGCCUCGAUGACCGAGCACUGGGACGCGACACGCAAAGCGCUCGAGAGCGUCGCGACGGUGGCCUUGAAGCACGACCAAGACGGUCUAGACGUGUACUUCAUGAACCACCCGGAGCACUCCGCAUGGAACGUGCGGAGCGCGGCGCACAUCCGCCGGCUAUUCGCGCUCGUCGAGCCCAGCGGCAUCACGCCGACGGGGGAGUGUCUCGACGAUAUCCUCCGCGACUACCUCGACCGCUACGCCGCCAGCAAGAACGCCUACACCCCCGCCUCCUCGCCUGUCUCCCCGCACGCACCCGCGUUGAAGCUGAAGCCGCUUAAUAUCCUGGUGCUGACGGAUGGCGAGCCCACCGAUGAUCCCGAGAGCGUCAUCGUCGACGCCGCCAGGCAACUGGAGAGGUUGAACGCCCCGCUGCAUCAGGUGGGCAUACAGUUUUUGCAGAUUGGCGAUGAGCCCGGGGCGAGAGAGGCGCUGGAAGAGCUCGAUGAUGCCCUGGCCGCUGUUCAUGGAAUCAGGGAUAUGGUCGAUACUACUAGGUAUUCGGCCGAGAAUGGCGAGAUCAGUGGAGAGGUGCUGCUUAAGGCUAUGCUGGGCGGUGUUAAUAGGAGGUUGGAUCGGAAGGGGUAGUUUCUUUUUUUCUUAGCGGUUUUGUUGCAUUGUUGAAGGGUGGCUUCUUGUUUUUUUUCUUCUCUUGGAGUACGGAUGGAUGGGUGGACGAGUGAUUUAUCAGGUGUUUUGCGGUUCUGUUUUGGUUCUGUUUUUGGUGCGGUUGGAUGAUACGUUAUGACUUUUACGUCUCUCUUCUUUACGAAUGAAUGAAU